AUGUCAUCCACGCGUCACAGCUUCACCGUCUGCGGCCUCAUCAACCACCCGGUGUUCCAAAAAUGCAGCGAGGCUGCCGAAUAUCUUCAGAAGGAGUACAGGGACGAGUUUUACGUGGAGAUCUUUCGCGAAGUCCCGCGCGACUUCUACAGCCGCCGAAAGAAGAUGUUUGAUGAGAAAAGCGUAGCCGACACAAACAUGGAUGUCUUUGUGCUUCGGGAUGGUGGCGUGGCCAUGUCCGGUGAGGCUUUCUUGCAGAUGCUGCAGGAACAGACCCGCUUUCGUCUCCUCCCUGUUCCCGCGGAUGAUGCCCACUCCUAUGAGAAGAUGGCGUACGCGUCAUGGAAGAAGUUCCUGCAGGAACGGGGAAACAGAUACUGCUGGAUGUCGGUGUCCAUCGACAAUGUUCCCUGUGGCCGCAUCACCUUUGAGCUUUACUCUCAGGUGGUACCGAAGACAUGCAACAACUUUUGGCAUUUGUGCCAUGGCGAUCUUGGCAGCGUUUCUGUCGUCCCAGAUGGCGAAAGCGAGGCGCAGCCGCUUGAGUUGACGUACAGGGGAUCCACAUUUUUCCGUAUAUUGCGUGGGGCGUGGGUGAUGGGAGGCGACAUCUCUAGAGACCACAACGGAAACGGGGGUUAUUCGUGCUAUGGUCGAUAUUUUCCAAACGAAUCUUAUGCCAUUCCACACGACGCACCUGGCGUCAUUGGGAUGUGCAACGACAACGAGGACACGAAUGCGUCGUCCUUUUAUAUUACAAUGAAGGCCAUGUCGUGGAUGAAUGGACGCUACGUUGCGUUUGGCCGAGUGAUAGACGGCAUGAAUGUCGUGGAGGCCAUCCACGAUGUAGAUGUAAAACACAACCAAAGCCCCUGCAAGGAGAUUACCAUCAGUGACUGCGGUGUCAUUGACCUCACGGACGACUGA